GGGAAAGAAAGGAGUUAUGUGGCUGCUCUGGAAGCUCAAUGUGAACGUUUAAAAAGCAGGCUAGCAGAAGUUCGAGGCACUCAACCGGGGGAGUCAUCAGACGCAUCAGGGACGACUAGUGGUGUAUACGGCAAGGAGACAUCCGACAUUGAUGAUUUGGUUGGUGACUUUGGGUUUUUGUCUGUGAACGCUACGUCUCGGGAUUUCUAUGGAAUUACAUCUUCAACCUCCUUUGCGGGGCUUCUCCUGACAGUGGCAAAGGGGUUGUCUUCGAUUCCGCCAUGCUUACGGACUGAAUACCCGCCCCGGUCGCAGACUGUGGGCCUUGUGCAAUAUUACUUCGAUAACCUCUAUGUGUUAAUGCCGUUUCUCAUGGAGACCAAAUUCUGGGCCUCAUUGGAUAACAUCUACCAGGAUAGUGGCAGAUUUGCGACAAGCUUCGACCAUUGGUCCCUUCGAAUGGUUCUGGCCAUUUCUCUGAUGAUGAAAUCGCGAAUGCACAUGGAUGCAGACUGCGAAGCAGCAUUGGCCCAUGUCUACGCAGCGUUAAAAUAUGCGGAAGACGUUUUACAUCCGGGCUCACUGGCGGGUAUCCAGUCUAUCCUGCUGCUGACGCAGUUCUCCAUGUUUGCACCGAAAUAUUAUAAGACAUGGUAUUUGAUAGGCAUGGCGGCGCGGGUGGCCACUGACCUGGGUAUCCACCAAGAACAACGGUCGAUAAUCAACAUGGACAGCACGGCCCUGAACCAGUCACGGAAGACGUUCCAUUGCCUCUACUCCAUCGACAGAUACGUCAGCAGUGCAUUAGGACGAGCAUAUUCGUUCUCAGAUGACUCAGUCAACGUCCCUCUCCCUUCUACUACAACAACAUUCAACUCCAUAAACCUUGGGGAUGCGAUAUCCCCCAAAAAUAUCAAAGCAGCAGCACAGAUGUUCGAUAUACGACGGCGACAAUCCAACUUCUACCAAGACCUGUAUUUUAAUGGGAGACAACUACUACCUGAUGCCGAGAAUGUCUCCUGGCGGCGCUGUGCCAUGUUGAUGGACUGGUUUGAAACUGCCCGAUCAGACCUCCCGCCUCAUCUGAUACCACUAUACCGGCUUGAGCUACUAUUUACCUGCAUUCUGGUACUCUCUCCAUCCAAACGCGCACCAGAAAUAAGCAAGUUCAACCAGAUAGUGUUGUUUGAGUAUACUGUUGAUUUUCUAGUGGAUUUCCAUACGUUCCUCAACUCAUCAGCGCCCUGUCUACCAGUGACGUACAUUGACUUUGAGAGGGUGUACACCGUUUCAAGUAUCUUGAUGGUCACACUGGAGAACUACCAUACCGAGGUACUAAGUGAGGCACUUCCAGAACACUUAACGCCAGCGCCUUCAACAAAUGAUAUAGGCGAAACCCCAUUGCCGCCAUACAUCGACCGGGCGAAACGUGUGAACUCCACCGCCCGCGCGUUGGAAGCCCUGGGCAAGACCCAGUCUAUCCUUGAAGCCGCAGGGCGUAGAUGGGGCUUACAUAGCCUGCUGAAUGAUUUUAGGGGGCGAGUAGGGCCUACGACGUCGAUACUUACCUACAAGUAUGGAGAGAGCCAUACAGUUGGUUCUUUGCUACAACAGCAGCAGCAGCAGCAGCAAGGCUCUAAUGGAGUAGCAGGCUCGGGCUGGAUACCUGGCCUGAGGGGGCCGUUUACUGGAUAA